UAAUUACCUUUAAACGCGCGAAAGUCAGGCAAGGCACCGGAGCCACUAUUCCAGAGCAGUGCUAUUCCUUCCCAAAGCCUAAGCCUAAUCCCCACCAGAGAUGCAGGUGCGCCAGGCUGUGUUUGGAGCCGCCGUGCUCGGCCUGCUGUUGGCCAUCGGGUCCGGCCUGCCCGUUCUGGAUGCCAGCUCGGGCAUCGACAACGCCACCAUCGAGGAGCUGAGGGCCAGCGUCAACGAUACGCCCAAGAAUCUCUAUGUGGUCAAGGCGGUGGUCUACGAAAUUGGCAUCCUGACGGAGGUGGGCGAGAAUGACACCAGUUUCGAGAGCCAGGAGCGCGUCGACCUGACCUUCUACGACACGCACAGCAACAAGAGUCACAUCGACCUGGGCAACAUCCCACUGCCCAUCCAGACGAACGUUACGGGUCAAGUGUUGACCGGCAUUGCGCCCGUGAAUCUGGGUGCGUUCAGCAGUCCACAGGAGUUGCUGGAGACUUUGCCCCUCACCGGAUCAAUUGUGAACAUCACGCACAGCGAUACCGCCUUCUAUCAACUGAGUAAAUCGAACACCAGUGCCGCCGAUAAGCCACAGAUCCUGGAUCAGGAUACCCUGGCCAAGCUCACGCAUGCGGCUCAGCUCUUUCCGCCCUCCUCGCAAAUUGGCCAAUCCUUGCCCGUGAAUCCCGCCACCGAUAACGAGGUGACGGAACCCGAGGAUUAGGGUGUCAAUCUCAUCGUGAUGCAGUGCAACCUACAAAUAAUGUAUACUCUAGAUCUACUUAGUUUUAUGGCUUCACACACUUAAGUACCAACAGUGCUAGAAAAGACUGGACGAGGGGACAGGCCUUGGUUGGAAUUUCACUUUUCUAUUGUAAAGUAAAAAUAAAUUUCGCAUUAGUGCUACACAGAAAACAAA